CGGGACGGAAGACCCGGAAGCGGGCGGUGGGCGGUCCCCAUGGCAACGGCGGAGCAGCGCUGCGGGCCGCCAUGUCCUUCAAGCGGGAGGGGGACGACGCGGGGCAGCUGGCCGUGCUGCAGAAAAGGCGCGUGGCGGAUCUGUUGGCCAACUACAUCCCGGAGGACGAAGCCCUGCUGCUGAGGAGCGGGAGGUACGCCUGCACGGUGUGCCCGCACCGCCCCGUCUUCGACACGCUGGACGUGCUGGCGGUGCACCGGGCUGGCAGGAAGCACCUGGGCAGCCUCAGGCGCUGCUACGGCAGCAGGCACGCGCAGGAGGAGGCGGUGCAGGAGCAGCGGCACGAGGAGGUGGCGGUGGGCACGGAGGGCUCCCCGGCCCCUCUGCUGGCCAGGACCAGGAGGAUCGCCCAGAGCGCGUUGCUGAAGGCCGCUCCCUACAGCAGCUGCUGCCGGAGGACGGGGGCAGAUGGAAGUGGUGUGCGAGCGGGUAGGACCCGGACGGGGCCGAGCGCUGCCCCACUGCCCUUGAAGGAGCGCAGGGAUGCGGCAGAGGCCACUGCUGCAGCUCUGCUGCCCGGGCACUGCGGCAGGCGACCAGAGGCGGCGGCUUCCACCCGCACCCAGCGGGGCGGUCCAAGGAGGGCUCCGCCAUCACCGCCCCCCAGUCAGCCCGCAGCCCUCAGCCCCACGCGGCGCCAGGAGCUGCAGCGAUACCUGCAGCUGCGGAGCUCCGGUUGGAUCCAGGACCGCUCCGGGAAAUGGGUGAAGGACGAGAACGCCGAGUUUGAUUCUGACGAGGAUGAGCCCCCCGCGCUGCUGCCGGCCUGAGGUGCCCGUCCCCCCGGGCUGCCCCCAGCCCCACUGCUCCAUGAGAAUGGGGGUGGCUGGAGACCGAGGGGGUGCGUGGGCUGCUGGAGCGGGUCCUGGGGAAAUGUAGCCUGGUGCCGGGGGGGGGUCCAGCACUGGGCGUCCCCUCGUUCUGUGCUCACAGAAUGCCCCUUUUUGGGGGUGUCCCUAUCCUAGCACUGUGAUCUUGGCGUGGGCUGUGGUCUGUCCCUGCCUGUCCCUGCUCCAAGUCGCUCUCAGCGUGCGGUGCAGACGCAGGUGCAUGCGGGUCACGGCCUUUAGGGGUGGCGGUGCUGGGCUCCCUCUCCCCAUGAUCCCAGCAGCUGUCCUGGCGUUCAGCGGAGCGCCCGGCCACGUCACCCCUGCCCCUCUGCCUCAGUUUCCCCACCUCCCCCCAUCAGCCUGUGGGGCCAGUGGGUGCUCCCACCUCAGGGCACAGCCCCACGCCCUGCCAACCCCCAACCACUGCCCGCAUCCCAGGGAGAGCCCCCCCCCCCAACCUGUGUGCCCCUGGGCCCCAGGGCAGGCUCCUGUCCCAUGGGGGGGGCUCCCUGGCAGCGCUGCCCCGGCUGAUGUUACACCUGGGCACUGGGAUUUACCCGCUUGCUCAGCUCGGGGCCAUAAAUAGUCGUCAGGACGGGUGCCAGGGCUGCAGUGGGUGCCAGCACGAAGCCGGCACUGGGCUGGGGGGCUCUUCCCAGAGCCAUGCAGCCCCCUACCCACAACACAGACCCACAACGCUGGCUGCUAUGGGCCCUGUGUACCUGGCUCUGAGCCCCAUGGGUGCUCAGCUCCCCACUAGGGGUGCUCUGCUUCCCCCCCCCCCAAAUCCUGGCACUGCUCCGGGCCCUGUAACCCAAUCCCCUGGGUAUAAAUACCCCGACCAUGCAGCUCGCUGCUUCCCGAGGGGAUCUAGAGGUCCAGCUGGGCCCCUUAACGAGCCCUUCGUUAACGAUUCGAGGUAAUUGGGGCCCUCUGGGUCUCGAGCUGUAAAAGAGCGCAUUACAGUCUAUGAGCCAGCUCCGG